AACUUUUUGUGUUACACCUGCAAGGAGUACGUAGAAGAUCUGGCAAAAGUCCCCAAGGCAUUUUUACAAGAAUCAAAUGUGAGACUUAUAGUUAUUGGACAGUCAUCAUAUCAUCACAUCAAGCCUUUUUGCAGUUUAACAGGAUAUACACAUGAAAUGUAUGUAGAUCCACAAAGAGAAAUUUAUAAAAUACUUGGGAUGAAAAGAGGUGAAGGUAAUAAAACAUCAGUUCGGAGCCCUCAUGUGAAAUCAAACACUCUUCUGGGAAGUAUUAGAAGUAUAUGGAGAGCAAUGACUGGCCCAGCUUUUGAUUUUCAAGGAGACCCUGCUCAGCAGGGAGGAGCUUUGAUUUUAGGCCCAGGCAACGAAGUUCAUUUUUUGCACCUUGAUAAAAACAGGCUGGAUCAUGUUCCCAUUAAUACAAUCUUGCAGCUGGCAGGAGUUAAAACAGUGAAUUUCUCAAACAAACCCCGGAUUAUUGACAUAUGACACUGAAGCAAUGUAUACUUUUUUUUAUAAAUUUGUUCUCUACAAGAACAGUUCUCCGGUGAAUUACAACAAGCAUUGCUUCUGUUGCUUCUUUGUGGGACAUCUGAAACCUUAUGUAGAAAAUCAGAGCAUAGAAUAAACUGCCUGACACUAGAGAUGGAUAUAAAAGUGCUAUCUCCAUUGAGUACAGGGUAAUAAAAAACAAAACACAACUCAGACUGAUUGCAAAAAAUCCUGGAGCUUAUCAUUGUCUCAUCAGACAAACUUGCCAGUGUUUUUU